ACCCUACCUCGAUCAUAUCUUUAUCCAGAUUUAUACAUUUUCUCCAUUUUCCGUACGUUCAUCCGAUACACCACUCGAGCAAUCAGCUGAAGAUUCAUUAGUUCGUCAAAAAAAAAAAAAAACCCACCCCGCUUUCGUUCAAAGAAUGAUCUUUUCCAGGAUUGGGGGUUCCUUGUCGCGAUCAUCCCGUGCAACAAAUGUGGUGAAUGGUGCGAGAUCGGCUUUGGCGAACAGAACCGGCCUUCGAGCUUCAACAGGAGAUACAUAUAUAAACCAAUUGGAUGAUAAAUUAGGAUUUUUGAGGGGUUAUGUAGCUUCAAUAGGGGCUAAUAAGGAGUUGGCAUCGAAGUCUCAUUAUUUAUCCGAUUUGAAUUACGUCCUUGCGAACCCUAGGCUUCGGAGGUUUUUCUCGAGUGAAGCUCCGAAAAAGAAGAACUAUGAGAAUUUCUACCCGAAAGAGAAGAAAGAAAUUCCGAAGAACGAGCAAAAGUCGGAGUCAAAAGAGGAUGCAAACACGGGGGAUCAUGGUGGCAGUUAUCAGGAGUCUUUUAUGAAGUACUUUCAAAAUCUGAUCACUCCAAUGUUAGUGAUCGGCCUGUUUCUUUCAUCAUUUUCUUUUGGUCCACGUGAGCAACAACAGAUUAGUUUCCAAGAGUUCAAAAAUAAGCUUCUGGAACCAGGUUUGGUGGACCAUAUAGUUGUUUCGAAUAAAUCAGUUGCAAAAGUGUAUGUAAGGGCCUCACCACGCAAUCACACAAGCGAUGAUGUUGUCGAGGGAACAGUUGUCCAAGGACCUGGUAGAGGAAACAAUAGUCAAUAUAAGUAUUAUUUCAACAUUGGAAGUGUUGAAUCAUUUGAAGAGAAGCUGGAGGAAGCCCAGGAAGCAUUAGGGAUAGACUCUCAUGAUUAUGUUCCUGUUACUUAUGCUUCUGAAAUGGUUUGGUACCAAGAGCUGAUGAGAUUUGCACCGACACUGUUGAUUUUGGGAACCCUUUGGUAUAUGGGGCGUAGAAUGCAAGGUGGACUAGGGGUUGGAGGAGGUGGUGGAAAGGGUGGCCGUGGCAUAUUCAACAUCGGAAAAGCCCACAUCACGAAAGUAGACAAGAAUGCAAAACACAAGGUCUAUUUCAAAGAUGUUGCUGGCUGUGAUGAAGCGAAGCAGGAAAUCAUGGAGUUUGUGCACUUCCUCAAAAACCCAAAAAAGUAUGAGGACUUGGGUGCAAAAAUUCCUAAAGGUGCUCUGUUGGUUGGUCCUCCAGGAACAGGUAAAACUCUUUUGGCAAAGGCAACUGCUGGGGAAUCUGGUGUGCCUUUCCUUUCUAUCUCCGGUUCAGAUUUCAUGGAGAUGUUUGUUGGUGUUGGACCAUCUAGGGUGAGAAACUUAUUCCAGGAGGCUCGCCAGUGUGCACCUAGUAUAGUGUUUAUUGAUGAGAUAGACGCGAUUGGUCGAGCAAGGGGACGUGGGGGCUUCUCAGGUUCCAAUGAUGAGCGAGAAAGUACUCUUAACCAGUUGCUUGUGGAAAUGGAUGGAUUUGGAACCACUGCUGGAGUUGUUGUCCUUGCUGGCACCAAUAGGCCUGAUAUCUUAGACAAAGCUCUCUUAAGGCCAGGUCGCUUUGACCGACAAAUUUCCAUUGAUAAACCUGACAUCAAUGGCCGUGAGCAAAUAUUUCAGAUAUAUUUGAAGACGCUCAAACUUGAUAAGGAACCAUCAUAUUUCUCUCAGAGACUUGCAGCUCUCACUCCUGGAUUUGCAGGAGCAGAUAUUGCAAAUGUUUGUAAUGAGGCUGCUUUAAUUGCUGCAAGGAAUGAUGUUACGCAGGUGACCAUGGAUCAUUUUGAGGCAGCUAUAGAUAGGGUCAUUGGUGGUCUGGAGAAGAAGAACAAGGUGAUAAGCAAGCUUGAACGCCGAACUGUAGCUUAUCACGAAUCAGGCCAUGCUGUAGCUGGUUGGUUUUUGGAACAUGCAGAGCCCUUGUUGAAAGUGACCAUAGUUCCUCGUGGUACUGCCGCGCUUGGGUUUGCCCAAUAUGUUCCUAAUGAAAACCUUCUUAUGACAAAGGAGCAGCUAUUUGACAUGACAUGUAUGACCCUUGGUGGUCGGGCAGCUGAACAGGUUCUUAUUGGGAAAAUUUCGACGGGAGCCCAAAAUGACUUGGAGAAAGUGACGAAAAUGACAUAUGCCCAAGUAGCUGUCUAUGGCUUUAGUGAGAAGGUGGGUCUCCUCUCUUUCCCCCCAAGGGAGGAUUCAUAUGAAAUGACCAAGCCUUACAGCAGCAAGACGGGUGCACUUAUCGACGGUGAAGUGCGGGAGUGGGUUGCCAAGGCAUACGCUCACACGGUAAAAUUGAUAGAGGAACACAAAGAGCAAGUGGCUCAGAUUGCCGAGCUGCUGCUCGAAAAAGAAGUCCUCCACCAAGAUGAUUUGCUGAAAGUUUUGGGUGAGAGGCCAUUCAAGUCGGCUGAGAUGACAAAUUAUGAGAAGUUUAAGCUAGGGUUCCAAGAGGAAGGUGAGAAGGGGGGACAGGCUGUGGAGGGUGCGACCACAGAAGACGAUGAGGUGUCCCCCCUCGGACCAGAGGUUGUCCCUGCGUAAUGUCUCACGGCAUAGUAUCGGAUUGUAUAUGAAGUGCAACAAUCUCUCGUCCUUCUCCUAUUGUAAUCUUCCAGUUUCUGAUCCCAUGACGACUCCUCCACUGACAUUCGGUACCAAUAUAUCUAUACCUAAGUUAGCCCUGUAAAGAAACAUGAACAAUGGCGCUGUUGGGGGCAUCUUGUGCUGCAGUUGUUGAGAUGCACAUCAGGGCGUGACACUAAGUUAUGAAAGGGAAUGAAAUUAGGAUGAUGUAAUUAGUUUUUAACUUCAUUCAUGAAGGUGUUUUAAUUUGUACGGCUGCGACUUGUGUUUCAAAGCAGUGUCUGAUUCAUUCGUUGCUAUCA